AAUCACUGGGCGUUAAAGGCCUUCCCCUGUAUCCAGACCCCUCCAGAGUACCUGGCACAAAGACUCAGAACAACUUAGAAUCUGACUACUUGGCCAGAGAUGGCCCUUCAAGCAACAGCUCAUUCCACAGUAGCGAAGAGGAAGGGACUGACCUUGAAGGAGAUAUGCUGGACUGCAGUGGGUCUCGGCCUCUCCUUAUGGAGUCUGAAGAAGAAGAUGAGAGCUGCAGGCCCCCCCAGGGGAAGCUGGGAGGAGCCGUUGCAUUUGCUCCACCAGAGGUCUCUACUGAGCAAGCCAAGACAGUGCAAGGUGGAAGAAAGAACCAAUUUCAAGCCCUCACACAGCCAGCCACGGAUGGGCUCAGUGAGCCAGAUGUUUUUGCCAUAGCUCCCUUUAGGAGCUCAAGGCUUCCAAAUGAUGACAUGGACAUUUUCUCCAAAGCCCCAUUUGUCUCCAAGAGCAGUGUGGCUCCUUCCCAGCCAGAGGAGUCGGACGUGUUUUUGAGAGCUCCUUUCAGUAAGAAGAAAAGCAUGGACGAGUUAACAGUUAUCCAGAGCACCUCCCAGGAGCUACCUGCACAGACCGGUCUCCUCGGUCAGACAGGUGACAUCCCCGUGCCCUCGGGCCGUGAGAGAGCUGUGUACACCUCUGUCCAAACUCAGUAUUCCACAGCUGGUUUUGUGCAACAAUCUAACCUCCUCUCCCAUUCUGUGCAAGCAGCAGACCAUCUGGACAGCAUCUCUCCCAGGGGAUCCUGCCUGGAAUCUGGGGGUCAUCCUAAUGACAGAAACAAAGGACCUCAGCUCCAGAAAGAAGCUGUCUCAGGCCCCGUGGCUGGCAAACCAUUCCGCCCCCAGUCCUUAUCCAAGUAUUCCCGUCACUAUAGCCCAGAAGAUGAGCCAAGUCCAGAAGCCCAGCCCAUUGCUGCCUACAAAAUUGUUUCACAGACCAACAAGCAGUCGAUAGCUGGGUCUGUUUCUAUCACAUCUCUUUCUUCCAGGACUACGGAGCUGCCAGCUGCUGAUCCAUUUGCUUUAGCACCCUUCCCUUCAAAAUCAGGCAAGAAACCCUAGGAGCAAAACCUGAGCCUCAAGCCUCUGUCUCUGUCCCACCCUCAGU